CUUGACUGUGUAACCUGUAUAAGAGCAAAGCCAUGGAAGCAGCAAUGGAAGCAUCAAACGCAGCCACAGGUGAAGCAUCGAUACCACCCAGCCACUACGACACCGGAUAAUCAUGAAGACUACCGAGAUUUCCGUUGCCCUGCUUGGAGUUUUGGGGCAAGCCCUUCAAGUCCCAUGCACCGGAACAACAACACUCAAGUAUGAAUCAGAGCGCAACGGCAUUCUCAUUGGGUCUGGAGCCAUCAAUCCAGCAUACCUGAACGACCCAAAAUUUGCAGCCGUUCUGAGCAGAGAGUUCAAGAGCAUUUCGCCGGAGAAUGAGCUGAAAUGGACUUUUGUCAAUCCAUACGAAGGAUAUUACAACUGGACCGGAUUGGACCGCCUGGUUCGCUACGCACACGAUCAUGACAUGGUCAUCAAAGGACACGGCUUGAUCUCGAACUGCUGCAAUCCAGAUCAUAUCCUCAACAUCACCGAGCCUGAAGUGCUGCAUGCCGCACUGACGUCCCACUUCGAAGCCGUCAUGCAUCGGUACGCCGAUAGCAUGAACCGAUGGGACGUCGUAUCUGAGGCUUUGGAGCCCAUGGGCGGCGGUCUUCAAGCCAACUUCUUUUACAACAUCUCCGGACCAGGCUACAUUGCUGAUGCUUUCCGCAUCGCCCGCGCUGCAGAUCCAAAAGCCAAACUCUUCCUCAAUGAGAACCUUGUGGAAACAUAUGCCAACAAGCGCCAAGAGCUGUACGACCUGGUAUCCGGACUCGUUGCGGAAGGCGUGCCCAUCGAUGGCAUCGCAUUGCAGAUGCACAUUACAGAGGUCGCUCCCGAACCUGGUGUCAUCACUUCCAUGGUCAGGUCGUAUAACGAGCUAGGUCUGGAAGUUUCGAUCGCGGAGCUAGACGUCCACACGCUCAACUCCACUCUCCAAGCUGAGAUUUACGGUGCUGUCAUGCGCGAGUCCCUGGCGGCGGGCAUCAUAGACAUCAGCUUCUGGGGAUUCACGGACAAGCAUCUCUAUACCUGGCUUCCAGGCGCGAAGCCGCUGAUCUUCAAUGAGACAUACUAUCCGAAGGCUGCCUACUACGCAACUCAUGCCGCGCUGGCAGAUUUCAACAGUCGUGUUGAGAGCGAUCUGGUAUCGCAUCCGGCUCCCUAAAAAUCCACCCUCAGCCUCUGCAAGAACUAGCCUUCCGGCUGCCUGCCACAAGGUUUUGCCAAGUGGUGGCGACUCGACCUCUAUUCACUCACGUUCUGUACGAAAUCUAUUCAUGUAUCUUAACAGACCUGCAGCACUUCUGCCGUUCGCCAAAUCUUUCAACUAUAAGCUCUUCCUACAGCUUCUUCAGCAUUCUGUCGGCUGUUCCAGUUGCGAUGGAGCUCGCUGCAGCAUCUGAAUUGGAACUGAUUUUCUUUGCACCAUCGACAGUGACAACCAAGAAUCUCAAGCAUCCGCUGACUACGCUACAGCCUGAGCUCACGCCUCACCAGAUCUCAUCUUCUCGAUCCGAUUGUCACAGCGAUCGAUUUCCUCCCGCCACACAUCCAACGCAUGAAGCUUAUAUCCAUGUACCCAACAGAAUCCACGAUCUCGGAUGGGAUUGGUAGCCCAAUGUUGAGCACCGCAGACAUCAUGCUUUUGCACUGCCUUCGGCGUCCUAGCGAUUGCGCCCCACAGU